UUCAAUUUGCCGUGAUUUCAACAAAUCACACUAACAAAUAUGUCGAGUUUCGGGAUCUGGUUUCAUGUAUAUUUAACGUGUUGUUUAGUUUUGUAUACUGUAAGUGCAACGACAGCCGAAGACUGGGAAGAACAAUGGGAUUACGUAACAGUCCGCCCAGGAGCCCGGAUGUUUUACUGGUUGUACCAGACCACGUCCCCUGGAGGAAGUAACAAUGUCCCUCUUAUCAUGUGGCUUCAGGGCGGACCAGGACAAUCAUCCACUGGUAUGGGGAAUUUUGAGGAGAUAGGACCGUUAGAUAUUUCUCUGAAGCAGAGGAAUACAACUUGGCUUUCAGAGGCGAGCCUACUGUUUGUUGACAGUCCCGUUGGUUCUGGUUAUAGCUAUGUUGAGUCAAAAGACCUUUAUUGUAACAGUACAGAGAUGAUAGCGGAGGAUAUGAUAACAUUUUUGAAAAUUUUCUUCAGCAGUGUCAUUGGGAAAAAGUUUCAGCAAGUUCCUUUCUAUAUCAUGACCGAGUCUUAUGGAGGCAAAAUGACUGCUGUGAUCGCAGAUCAGCUAAUUCAAGCAAUAUCAGAAAAGAAGUUGGAGUGCUUAUUUGUAGGAGUGACUUUAGGUGCACCAUUUAUACACCCAGAAGUGACGGUUCAAAGUUGGAUCGAAUAUGCUGUAUCUAAUGCUCUAAUUGACAACACUGAGGCUUAUACUCUGACGCAACAGUUCUGGAAAAUCAAAGGCUUCAUUUUAACAAACCAGUGGGAGCAGGCAUAUAAUUCAAUGUUUGAAUUUGGAGUUCUGUUCCAAAAGUAUACAAAUUAUGUUGAUAUGUACAAUAUGUUGCUUUGGGGUCCUUCCAAUGGGAGAGCAGUGGUAUCCGAGACGGUAAAUAAAGGCUUGUUAAUUUCUUCCUCAAAUGAGAGAGCUUUAUGGACCUUGAUGAAUGGAAAAAUAAGAAAGAAACUAAAGAUAAUCCCUAAAAACAUUGUUUGGGGAGGACAAAACGGAUCAGUAUAUGAAAGUCUUAAAGGUGACUUUAUGAAGCCCGCAGUAAAAACAGUCAACAAGCUAGUUUCACAAACAAGUUUGCAGGUAGCGGUUUACACAGGCCAACUUGAUAUCAUUGUCAACACUCUUGGUACAUUGAAAUGGGUGAGCACACUGGACAUUUACGGGAAAUACACCGAAGCCGACAGGCAACCGUUCCCAUGUCCUCAACAGAUGAAAAACACCUGCGGAUUUGUGAAAACCUACAAGAACUUCUCCAUGUUCUGGAUUAUGAACGCAGGUCAUAUGGUACCUAAAGAUAAUGGUGCCGCUGGACUGGAAAUGGUCAAACGGAUUUUGAGAACGAAUAAAAAACAAAAAUAGUCAAAUUCUUAUACGCAAGAUCUUAUUUGACAUUUUAGAUAUAAUUUAUUGUCAAUUUAAUAUGCAGGAGCUUAUUUUCCUAAAUCGCAUUUUUUGUUCCACAAGACAAGCUUUAAGUAUUAGUAAACACAGUGCAUACUUUGUCAAGUUGUUGGUAUUUUAUACUAAUAAACAAGUGUACUUUG